AUGGAUGCGACGUCGCUGCCGCCAACAUGCGGUGAGGUAACAGAGAUACCAGGCACCCCGUCUGUCGGGUGUGUGGCGGUUCUGCAGUAUGGGAUGGGAAACAUUGCCGGCUUUUCUUGUUGCGUCAUCGCUGCAAAGGAGGAGGUGUAUCUAUUGGGGCCGGACCUGAGCAUGCGUGAUGGCUCCCUUACGUCAGUGCGACUGUGGCGGCCUUAUAUGGAGGCGAAAAUGGCUCGAGUGAACUCACUCGUGGCGUUUCUUUUGUGUCCGGCGGCGCAAGAGGCGCGUACCAUUUCCCAUGGGCAGAAGGAUUGCGCACAAGCCGAUGAGGCAUGUGCUGUGGUUGCGUGGGAGGACGAUGAUGGACAGCAGCAGCAUCUCACGGCUCUUUUUUUCCCACUAUUGCGGGCCCUUACCGCCCCAAAGAAUGCUCCUGUUAAGUCCUUUGAGACGUCAUUUCUUCAUGAACGAAACCAGCAGCGUGUGUUGCGUCUUUUUUAUCAUCCACUAUUUGUUAACGGCUCCUGCAAGGGCAAACAUGUCGUGCUUUGCAGUGGCUACGAUGAAAGCGUGCGGAAAGAUGCUUGUCUUACGCCUAGUGAGGAGCGCCACCGCCACAUUCUUACCCCAGGAGACCCACGUGGGGUUUUACCAGGGAUGCUCUCUUUCCUUCUCUGUAACGCGGUGGCAGAGAACAACGUCUGCGGGUGGGACGUCGUGUGGACCACCAAGGCCCCCGCAUGGGUUGCGCCGUGGAUGGUGCAGCUUCCCUCCGAUGGUGUUGUCUGUGCUCUUGCGGUUCAGCAGGAGGGGUCCUCGGUUGUUGCGGCGGCUGGAACAACAAAUGGCCGCGUACAUCUUCUCCAUGCGGACGGCAACCAUGUUUCCCAUCGCUUUGGCGGCCCCAUUGCGGAUCUGGCCUUUGUGAACACGCUGUGUAACAAAGCGGAGGAGCGGUAUCGUAUUGGGGCGGUCACGGAGUUGUUGCAGCGGCAGGAGACAAGGACGUCCUUGGAGCUGAAGAACACUUCAGAUGCAGACGCGGAAGUCGAUGCGCCGACAUGCCUUGUUCUUCUUGACAGCUUGGGCCGCGUUAUUGUUCUCCGGGACUUCACCGGGGGGAAGAAGUCCGUACAAGUUGUUCCGGAUGUUCAGCAGUUCAUCACGCUCGCCGAGCAGCGGGCCCCUUGCCCAAGCAGCGGCAGCUUUGCCACCGAGGCGACUGCUGGUGGACGCCGAGUCACCGUAAGCUCAAAGAGGUUUUUUGACAUCUCCUCCCUCCGCCUCGUCUUCAACCGCCGAAAGCCGAAGGAGGAGGUCCAAGGCGAACUACACGAGAACAUGGCGGACCCCGCAUUUGUGCAAGAACGUGAUGCGGGCAGUCCACCAGAGCGUGAGAGUGGCGUGAUUGCGGGUCACAUUUUAAGUCGUGGCCUCCUCAGCCUUGCGUCUCUGCCCGGGCCACGGAGCUGUGCGGAGCUGGUGGUGAGCACCAUGGGUCAGUCCAUCGUCUCCAUCCCAUUCGACCAAAAUGAGGGCACCUUUUCAAUUGCAGGAUUCAUUGAGGCUCCGGAAGCGAUGUUUUUCAUUGGGUUUGUUGAUUUCUUUAACACGGGGGUGACGGAAAUGGUGAUGGCCGGGAUGCACCACGUGUUGGUUGCAAGGCGAUCGCGUCACCAACAGAAAGCAAAGGCGGCCCUGCUGCUGCGGCUGUUUGCAAGGCAAAGGCUGCGGAAAUUAGCAUCGGGGGAUGCAUUCUUGAGGGACUGA